CGCACUUAAUAGAGUCCCCCUGAGAAGACGGGAACAGCGACCAUUUAGACAGACCGUAACUAUGCAAUUAGGAAAAAUGGUCUUCGGGAGCGGGAAAGUGCAUUUGAUUUAUGAGCAGCAGCUCGAAGCGAGGCACUUUGGCGUUUGAAAGGGGGACGAGGCGGGGUUUUUCUUUCGGGCUUGUCGGGUUCUGCCCGUCUCCGUUGGGCGAGCUUUGCAAAAUGAUGCAGCCUCCAUCCUUGCCGGCUAUUUGAUAAUCUUAAAAGUUUACUUGAACGACACAUUUGUAAGAUGACCACAGCAACAGAAGAGAAGGAGCUUCAGGAGAGACUGAGGGAAGCUGCUGCUUUGGGAGACCUUGAGGAAGUUCAGCGACUGGUGGACUUUGGAGUGGAUGUUAACUCUCAAAAUGAAAUCAAUGGCUGGACUUGCUUGCAUUGGGCCUGCAAACGCAACCACGCUCAAGUGGUAUCAUAUCUUCUCAGUGCUGGAGCCGAUAAAGACAUUCUCACAGUUAAAGAAGAAAGACCAGCUCAGCUGACAUCUAAGCAGGAAAUCCGGAAGAUGCUGGGAGCCGAUGAUGCUGAUGAACAGCUGGAUGAGAAGAAAGAAUCUGCCUUGCCCAUUCUCCCUAAUUAUUUGGCCAACCCACCUUUUCCUUAUGUGUAUAACUCAAUGAGCAGCAGCAUUGCCAGCACCUCCUCUUCCUCUUUAAAUGGGACACUUUCCCCUUCUCUAGAACAGCACAAUGAGGAUUGUCCCAUCUCUUUACCUCAAGUCCAGGUGCCUGGCACUGCCCCGCUGCAACAUGAAAAACCUUUUCCUGUUGGGUCUCCUGGGGACGUGUCUAGAUCAGCCCCUGCAGAACACCCAGAGCCUGUAGUCCAGAAUGGUCAUGUUCCCCAAAUGCCUGUUCCUCCAAGUAGGACUCUCUCUACUCCAGCUGCACCUAAACAACCUGAAGCUCAGCAACAUAAUGGCUAUUGUGGGGGACCUGUCCCAGCAUUUCAGCCUGUUUUCUUCACUGGAGCAUUUCCCUUCAGUAGCACACAAGAACUGGUGCUUAAGGUCAGAAUUCAAAACCGUGCUCUUUCCGAGAAUGACUUCAUAGAGAUUGAACUGGAUCGACAGGAGCUGACUUACAAUGAACUGCUCCGGGUGAGCUGCUGUGAACUGGGGGUGAAUCCAGAACACGUGGAGAAAAUUAGGAAGCUUCCCAAUACAGUAUUAAGGAAGGACAAAGAUGUUGCAAGACUUCAGGACUUCCAGGAACUGGAGCUGGUUCUAAUGACGAGUGAGAACAGCAACUUUCUAUUCAGAAAUGCUGCACCAACAUUGACUGAAAGGCCUUGUUUUAAUAAGAAAGCAUCAAAGCUGACUUACUGAGUGUUUAAAUGAAAUACCAGUCACUAGUAUUUAACUCUUUAACCUAGGAUUUUGUAAGGGCUAAUAACCUCAGAUUCUGCGUUACCUUGGAAGACAGAGUGAACCUGUGAAGCACACUUGCUUGGAAGCAGUCUCAGGCUAGAAACAACAGGACUUGCUUCAAGGUAAAUGCGCUCGAGAACCAGGGUGCCACACUUGUAUCUGCAGUUAAUCUUUUUUUUUUUUUUGCAUAAAGCAGCACUGAAAUAAUGGAUGGGAUACUAAGAGCUGAUAAAAGGCUGUCACUUCCACGCGGCAGCAUUUCUUACAAGGGAGUUACCCUUUCUUGGAACACUACAGAGUUAGAAGCUCUCAGGGAAAGACUUGAAUUAAACUGUUCUAAUAACUGCUACUUAUUAAAAAAAUAGCAGGAGCACUUCUACCGAAGGACGGAACAUGAACUGCAUUUAAUGCUUGUAAUUGGAUACUUAGCAAGCAGACAGUUCUUAUACAUCUGUCUGGAGUUAACACAUGCUGCUUGAGGAGAAUUAGCUACUUUUCCAGAGAGAAGGGGAGGAGGAAGGAGAAAUCAGGAUUCUCCUCCAAUGGUUAUGUUAGUAUAACGAACCAGGGGGUUGUUAUUGAUGAAUGACCGUAACAUGGUUCCCUUGAGGGAAUAGGUAUAAGGUGAAUAGAUCCUGCAGCAUAUGCCUGCUGAGAUGGGAAGCUGUUGGUGUUAAGUGGUAGGAUCAGGCCUGAGAGCGGAAUCUUGGGACAAACUGUUGUAUUGUCAAAGGCUUUCACGGCCGGAUUCAACUGGUUGUGGUGGGUUUUCUGGGCUGUGUGGCCGUGGUCUGGUGGAUUUUGUUCCUAACGUUCCAUCAGUCCAUGGCCACGCAGCCUGGAAAACCCACCACAACCAGUUGGGACAAACUAUCUGAAGCUUCCGAAGGGGGUGUAAAACUUGCACAUUUUGCAACUUCUAAGAUAGCAACAGCAGACGACCUUGCCCUGGUGGCACACUAUGGCAUAGGAAGAACCAGCUCAAACUGCCCAGUCUGUGAAGGAGCGAGGCUGGGGUUUCUUACAGAAGCACAAUGCUUAAUUUGGCUAAUUCCCAAAGUGUUCAUUAAUGAUCAGCCGUGAUUUCUUCAAAGUGGUGCUGAGAUAAAAUAUGGAAACCUAUUUGCAGCAUUAGCUACAAAUAAGGCAUUGAUAGGCAAUGUUAAGUGAGUAAUUUUCUGUCUUAGGGUUAUACCCUUAAGAUAUACCCUGUCUGGUGGGUAUAUCUUAUUUUUGUUUUGCUAAGAGAUUUCCUGAGGGAUGCUUAAGAUGACAACUGCAUUCCACAGCCUGACUCAUCUAAGAAAGGAGCACAAUCCCUUUAGUCUUUGUUCAAAUUAUCCUCUGAUCCUGACAAUAUUUACCUAUUUAUUUAUUUAUUAGAUUUUUUUUUUGGUCACCGUUCACCCAAAGGGUUUUGUGAUGACUUACAACAUUAAAAAGUAUAACUGAGUUAAACAAUUUAAAAGCAAAUAACAAAUAUAAAACAUUAACAUUGAAAUAUUAAACUCUUAAAAUAUGUGGCUAGCACAAUACUAUUAACAACCCCAAAAUGAAGAUUAAACCGAAAGGCCAACUUAAAACAAAUUUGGCCUUGCAUGCUCUGCUAGUAAUCAUGUAGCAUUUUAAAUAGUAAAAUUAUUUUUAAUACCAGGAUGUGAUAUAAAAUCUUGGAAUUGCUAUGCAUUUUUCAAGGACUUGCUUGUAUUUUGUAUAGGCAUGCCUGCUUCUCAUCUUCUUUCUAGUUCAGGUCCUUUCUAACUAUUUCGUUAUCGAGUCCUAGAAUUUACCGAAAUAUGGAAAAGGCAUGGAACAGAAUAAUGCUUUUGAAUAAUAAAAACCUAAUUGUAGGGCUCUGUGUACUAAUGUAAAAGGGGGGGGGGGGUGUUAGUUGCAUUACUAUACAAAAAUGCAUACUGUAAAUUGAAUGGCACUUGGAUAGUCAAUAGGAAGUAUGUUCAGCUGCUGAUUUCAAUAUGCACAUGCUCCUACCGGGCACGUUGGGGCUAGGAUUGUUAUUCAUGAGCCUCAUGGCUCCAAAUUUUGAGCUUUGGCUUUUUGAAAAACUAAGGCGUGAUCAGCCAUCCCGCAUGAAAUUUGCCUUUAUUAUAGUACUUUCUAUGGGAAAAAAUACUUUCUGCUGGAAGUGGAUCAUCACCGUGUGAGCUUUUUCCAGGGAAAACCUGUGUGCAGCAUACCAGUUUCAGACCUGCUUCAGUUUAUGGAUUUGCAAAAUAACUGGGGGAUGAUUUCAAUUAUCUUUUAAUGGUUCUGAUAACCCACUGGUAAU